AUGGCACGCCUGCGCGAGUUCACGGGCCACACGGCGCGCGUCCUGCACAUUGCGCUCUCACCAGACGGCGGCUCGGUCGUUUCGGCGGCGGCUGACGAGACGCUGCGGUUCUGGAACGUCUUUACGCCCAAAGGCGCAACUCCGGCGCGGUUCGGGUCCACAGCGCACUUUUCGACCCACUGCGGCAUCCG